AUGGGGACCCGUUUAUGGGGUGUCGCUAUUGCCGUAACUAUACUUCUGUUGACAAACUAUGUGACAACGGUUUACGGAACAACGAAAGAUACAACACACCAGGAACUUUCGUCGUCGGUUGCCGAAACUGAAACAUCUACUAAAAAUGAUUCUGUUUUGUUGACCGAAGACAAUGGGGUAAAUGCUAGCUCGAAUACAACUAUUCCUUCUGUUAUAAUCGACAGCAAUAAAAGUGUUACUAAAAACGAUGUGGUUCAAGUAACUUCAUCUACGGCCAAUGUUUUAGUCGAAAAUACUGCAACAUCGACAGUCAGUUUGGAUCAAAUGAAAGGUAAAGAAGAUGGACAGCUUGUUGUAACUAAAAAGACAUUAGAUAUUAAGACAACAUCUAGAACUGAUUUGAAAGCAACGAAAACAAAAGAAGGUGAAAAACGAUCAUUGUCGCCAAUAACCACUGAGAGUGAUGAGAAAACAACCUUUACACCUGUAGAUGUUGACGAAACAACAUCAGAUCUUCAAAAGAUAUCGGUUUCAAACUUAAAACCACAAAAUCAAGAUUUAUUUUCUGUACUGAAUGAUCUGACCACACUUCCAACAUCUUUGUUGAACAAUACAAAACUCGAGGACUUGGAUAUACACCCAAGUCUUUCUAACGCGAGACAGGAAGGGCAACAGGAAAGAAAUAAUACCGUUAACAUUUCUUCCAAUAUAAAACUACCAAUGGAGGCAACAUCACAUCAAGAAAACCAAGUGGACGAAGGUAAUUGGUCAGUAGAAGAUCAUUCCUCAAAUCAUUGGUCAGUGGAAGAACAUUCCUCAAACGAUAAGCCCAUAAGUCGGAAAGAAGCUUCAUAUGACAAAUUACUGAAGGAAAAGAAGUUUCCUGAUAAAAUGAAGUCAGAAAGACUAGCAAAACAGUUCAGUGUUCAAGCAAACUUAUCUGGGAAUAGAACAGUCCCUUGUGAAUGUGAUGGAAUAGAUACAACCAAACCUUUUGAUAGUAGAAAGUGUUUUGCCGGACGUGUUACUGUCCUUCCAGGUUGUCCUUGUUGGAAAACUUGUGCUCGCCAAGCUGGACAAAGUUGUUCUUCUAAUGAACCUUGUGAUUUGGAAUUUGGUCUUUAUUGCGCCACGGACUCGGAUAUUUGUCAAGGAAAGCUGUUCAUUAAAGAAAAGGAAGUGACGCAUAACUCCGUCACAAUACAGUGGCAACCAAUGAAAACCGAAGAAAUACCUCAAGCUUCUGUCCUGUACAAGCCUGUUAACAGUAUCCCUGAGAUGUCGUGGGUCAAUAUGGAGGCUGUAACUUCAAUAGUUAAACUUCGUAAUUUAAAGCCCAAUACUGAAUAUUUUGUGAAAGUGGAUGAGAAUGGCGAACAGCAAGUCGUGAUCGUCAGAACAAAGGCUGGAUGUGUCAUUGAUGAAGCGACAUCUUACGGCCUUGGAGAGACAUACCAUGUUGCUUGUGAUCAGACCUGUACUUGCAUGGAAAACGAUAAAUCCGAAUGUCGCGAACGUUGUCAUUUUCGUCCAGGAUACAUGAGCGACCCCUCGUGUGAGGAAAUUCCAGAUGAAGACGAUAUUUGUUGUGUAAAAUAUCAGUGCAAAGAUACAUCCGAUCCCAAGGUAUUUGUGACUCGGCGAGCCCCCACUUCGUUGACAAUAACAUGGGAUGAUUUCAAGAUGAACAACUCUCAAUCAGGAUAUGUAGUUGAAUACAGAAAAGUGGAGAAAACUGGAGAAACCGUGAAAAACUGGAGCCAAAUUCAGGUGCCAAAACAAGUUGGUGAUAUCCCGUUGAUGACAAUUACCCAGCUCGAGCCACACACGGCCUAUCAAGUCCGAGUGUCUGUGUGGGACAACGUGGAGACUAAAAGAUUGAUAUAUUCCUCUGAAGUCAUUAAUGUUGUCACAGAAGAUACUUGCGAGCACGUGCAAUGCGGACCAAAUGCAGAAUGUAUAGUAGGAGGUACUGUAUCCUCUUGCAUCUGUCGAGAAGGAUAUGUGGAGGACCCAAACGAUAUCACCGCAGGAUGUCAGCCAGUAAUAUUGGAUGAAGAAAAGCUACUACGGUUUUGCGUGUUUAGAAACGUUACCUAUAAACCUGGAGAAGCGUUCAAUGAUGGAUGUGAUUACACGUGUGUUUGUGAAGACUCUUUGGAGGUGAGAUGUCAAAAUCGAUGUUCUUCCGUUGUGGAUCAACAACAAAAUGGAAAUCCACUCUGCGAAAUCAUCUCGGAUCCUACGGAUCCAUGCUGCGACAUCGUCGUUUGCGAUUCACCUGAUGAAAACGUUACUUUACCAGUUUCAUCACCAAUACAUGUUGAGAAUAAAUACCACGUAAACAAAAAAAUACCGAAAGAAAAGCAGUCGUCCAAGUCUUUUCAAAUAAAGCAAGAAGAUCAAGAAAUUGUUUUAGAAAAGGGAAAGGACACGGAAAAAGUAUCAACUGAAGAACAAAACCCUGUUAGAAACAUGUGGCUAAAAGACGAAGAUACCAAGACUAACGACCUGUUGGAUGAAUUUAUGGAAACCAGGAACGAAACGGUAAAGGCUAUGGAUGACGCCUUAGAAAUGGAUAAUAUUCCAAAGGUGAAAACCCAAGAUUUGGAGGGAGAUUUGAAUGUUAAGCUACGUAAAGAAGAAGAAGUAACGACACAACUCGCAUUUCCUGUUGAGAAUGACGUCACCGAAAGAACUCAUUUUAAGGAAUUCACCAAGAAGGCUUUUGAAAAUGUAAAAGAUGGAGAAAAUAGUGCAUCGAUUUUGAAGUAUGAUAAAGAUUUGCAAGUAUUACCAGUUAGAAUAGAUGGUUGCAAGUUCAAGAAUGAGACAUACGAAACAGGAGAUAUGUUUAUGGAUGGUUGUGAAGCUAUCUGUAAUUGCGAAGGAGGAGGCAGAAUAUCUUGUGUGCCUAGAUGUCCCUUGAUGACAACCAGUGGCCCCAGAUGUGUGGAAUUACCCGAUCCUAGCGACCCCUGUUGUCGAAUUAUGGUGUGUGAACCCAAAGGUUCGGGUCAAAACUCUCCAGAUGUUAGAGAUUUGUUAUUGAAGAUUGAAAAUGCCGAGGCUCUGAAUGCGACGUCUGUUCGCAUUCGCGUUGUUAUCGCCCCAAAUAUAAUAAAACCUGAUAGUGAACCUUCGGGAAUGGUCAUUCAGGUGUGGUAUACGCAUACUCCGGAACCCAAGCAGGAUCUAAAAGACAAAAAUUGGAUGAAGCAGAAGUUCUUUCUGGAAGAUCUUCACCUGAUCAAGGGUAAUGUUUAUGACGUCAACAUUUUUGGAUUAGAACCCAAUACCCAGUACUACAUCAAGGUAACGAAACAUCCCAAAGGAGACCCGUUAGAUACUGUUCCAGUAGCAGCUCUGUUCAGUAACACCGUUAGCGUCAAGACUUUUCCUCCACAGGUGCAAGGUGUAUUCCAGGGAUGUUUUUAUCACAACCAAAGCUAUGACCCUGGGCAGGUGUUCUACGAUGGCUGUGAAUUGAAGUGUGUGUGCAAAGAACAAGGUCGAAUUCAAUGUUUAGAUCGGUGUGAAAUCUACAAGGAUACAAUAGGAUUUGAAGAGUGUAAGUGGGGACCUGCACCAGAUGAUCCUUGUUGCAUUAUUCCUUAUUGUGGGGAUCAGCAGGAAGAACUGGACCAAGUAUCGCCAGAAACCUCUAUAGAACUCCCUUCAUCCUCACGUGUAUUGUGUACGUCAGAAGAUGGAAAGUAUCAUCGCUUAGGCGACACAUGGGAGCAAGACUCGGAGUGCAAGCGGUUGGUAUGCACGUGUGUUUUGAACUCCAAGGGUUCCACAAUGGUCAAGUGUGAAGGAGGUUGUCCUCCAAUCCCAGCCGAUGCACGCCAACCUAGUUCAGACUGUCCACAGCCAAUUAUGGUCACCCCGGAUGACCCUUGCAAGUGUCCCUAUCUUAUAUGUAAUAAUGCUGUCAAUUCUCUUAGUGCUUCCAUGCCCAUUUGUGAAUACAAAGGCCAAACUUACCAUGCUGGAGAAGAGUUCUAUGACGAGUGCAGAGCUGUUUGUCACUGUGGUCCCGAUCUGCAAGUUAACUGUGCACUUAUUGAAUGCCCUCACCAUUUUGCUCCUCACGUCAGUGAAUGCCUGGAAUGGGACAUCGACCCAAAUUUUACACCCAAACCACCCAACUGUUGUCCACCACCUAGAUGUAUCAAUGACGGUUCCUGUAUGGUUCAUGGUAUUAAAUACAAACAUUCACAACCAAUACAUGAAGAUACAAGGGAGUGUGGUAAUAACUGUGUUUGUGUCAAUGGUAAUGUGACUUGUGAGAACAAAUGUCCGACAUUAGGAAAAAUUCCUCCUCCAAAUCUUCCUUGCCCCUCCGAUUCAGCAUACAAAGGACAGCCCCCUGAUGACAAGUGCUGUAUGCAAUGGAUGUGUAAGGACCAGAAAGACAAGAUGACGUGUGGUCCAAACUUCUGUUACCACCGUGAUAGACGGUACAGGCUCGGGGAGCGCUGGGAGGUGUUGAAAGGUUCUGUGAAAAGGCAGUGUGUGUGUCGCGUGGAUAACAAAGGAAACCCAAAUGUGGAAUGCGUGGGUGGCUGCCAACCGAUCCCAGAGAAGUUUAAGCAGCCCAACCCACAUUGCCCUCGACCAGUAUUGAUUACUCCCAGUAAUCCAUAUAUAUGUCCAUACGUUGUCUGCAACAACACGGACUCAGGGAAGGAACUUCAGAACGUGAAUGCCCUAGCGUUGAAUGCUACUGCAGCUAGGAUAAGAUUCACUCUUCCGUCCCUUCUAGUGGGGCUUUUGGGUCACGUAGAGUUGCAUUACACUACUGACCCAUCCAUUCCGGAAUCCGAGUGGAACGUACAGAAGUUUGCGCGUCCCAAGCGAUUGUUUGACACUUCGAACAUCGAGCACUACGUUGGUGGUCUUCAACCAGAAACCAUGUAUUUCUUCCAAAUCCAAAUAAAGAUUGACGCCCUCCAGGGUGGACCCAAAAGUGAAAUUUUCAAACUAUCUCUUCCCGCAUUGAAAACUUCUACCAAAACAACCACCACCACAACAACUCUACCUCCGAUGGUCAUGUUGGAUGCUAGGUUAACUUCAGAAAGCAUUACUUCUAACACCGUGAAAAUAUCCUGGCGGGAUUUUGAACCUCAAGAAAAGCGGUUUAUCGAUGGAAUUCGACUGAAAUAUAAGAAAGUCGGUGAAGGCAACGAUCGUUGGACAACAACUCCCAUCAUCCAUCCUGAUGUGACGUCGUACAUUCUCAGAGAUCUGGAACCGAGCACUUCCUACGUUGUGGCUACUGAAUUUAUGACUCCAGGCCAUUUGUCUACACAUCUUGUAUCAAACAAACCUGUGCAGAUAAAGACCAAAGCUAAGCCUAAAGACGUCUAUGACUUUGAGGUAAGACUUCUUCAAGGAAACGUUGAAGCUCAUUCCACAGACUUUGUACUCCAGGGAGUCCCAACUCCAAUCAGCAAGUAUGUUCAGGUAGUUCGAGUUACGUACAAAACUGACACAAGCUCGGAGCAAGUACAGCUCUUCAAAGUUCCCAAAACUGAGAAAGUUAUUAUGGAAGACUUGGUGCCUGGAAGCAGGUACAAGAUGUGGGUCGAUCUUUAUUUGACCAACGGAAAAACAGUAGCUAGUGACGUAAUCGAUUUCAUGACGAAACCAGCAGCAACUCCUAAACCCAUUUCUGGUACAACUGGAAAAAAGAUUCUAGCAAGUGAAGCCGAAGCUUUCCAGGCUACAGAUAGUGGCAGUGAUACUAAGAAAACCUACUACGUAGCCUUAAUUAUUGUAGCCAUUGUUGCAGCUGUGGCUGGUCUGGGAGUUAUUGUUUUAUUGAUUAUUCUAAAGAGGAAACAACCAAGUACUAAGGUUCCGCUGACUAGGGCGCCCUCAGAAUCAGCGUACGAUAACCCAACCUAUAAGACCUUCGGCUUCGAGGGAGACAACGUAGAAGAGAAAAGUGGAACAUUACAGACAUAAUGCCAAUAUUUCAUAUUGUUUCAUUUACUACGUAUGUUCUAUAACAAUACCUAUACAAAUGGUAAAACUAACGAAACGGAGUUAUUCCAACAAUGAAACAUUACUUCUGCUAUAAUUAAACAUAAAGUAUAAUAAUUUUAAUACACGUUUGCUUGCUAUAGGAACUAUUUCAAGCUUUAGUUUUCUUCCUUCUUAUCUUCGACAACCUAAAGAAGUAAUUAACACAUUUAGAUUGGCUAGUUCGUUAUUUGUGUUAAAUGUUGUGAUGAAUGUAAAUUUGAAAGGUUAAAUUUCACUUAAUAUAACGUACAUCAUUCAUAAUAAGUUUUUCGUUCUCAAAGCAAAAGACUGGCGGGAAAUGAUAUGAAUAGUAGAAAUUCCGCCGUGCUUAACGAGCUGUUGUUGAAUUAUUAGUUAGAACUAAGAAAAGUGUUCCUACAGGAAUCUGUUUCUGUUUAAUUUCUUACACGAAGAAUUCAUUAUUUAAAUUUGACAAUCCGCUGUUUUGAUUUCGAUCGUGUAUAACCGUAAACUUAGAAGCUGCAGAUAUUACUUCUUGAUUCUUGUUUGAACACUUUACCUAGAUAUAGUUUAAUAAAUAUGUCUGAUAAUAAAUCUCCGGUACAAAAACCGUUCUACUGGUUCUCGUGAUAAGCUUAGUAAAACAGAAAUAAUACGAAUAAUAUAGUUUGAAAAUUUGUCAUUUUUAAGUAAAGUUGUUUUGAAAUCAAAGUGUUAUGAAUUUGAAAAAUUGCUUCUGUAUAGCCAAACUUUUCAGUAAAUGGACUGUGCAAGUUUAAGAGCUAAAACCGACCGCUAGGUAGAACUGCAACUUAUACGAGUGUUAAAUCAAUUAUUAAUGCCAAUAGAGGAUUAUGCCAAGUGUAUAAAGUUCUAGUUGAAAAAAUGGAAGUUUAUACACAAGUAAUGUGAAAUCUGUGUUUCAAGCUAUAUCUUUUGGAUUGUAUAUUAUGUGUUGUAUUUAUUCGUAACAAUUUGCUUUGAAUGGCAUAAAACAUUAAUUAAGUAGGCCUUUCAAACAAAUAUUUGGUCUUACGUUUGUUUAAUUCGAUACAUGUAUUGUAAAAUCUUGAAUAUAUGUUUCGUAUUUUGUAGUGCAAAAUGCAAUUAUAUGUAAUAUAAUAGUGUUAAAUCUAAAAUAAUGAGCUUAAAAACUAUGCGUAAAAUAUUACUGAACUGUAGAAAA